AUGCGUGCUUCCACCAUGUUCGUUGCCGCCGCGGCACUUAUCAUCGGGGCCGAGGCCAACCCCAUGCGCCGGGACGACCCCCAUCGUACCGACUUUCGCAUCUGGAGCGAGAAAGGCUGUGGCCUAAACGGAAACAACACAGGCAACCUUGGCGUUUGGACCAUCACUCAAAGUCAGACCAACCAGUGCCAGCCAUCAUUCAACGCACCUGUUGUCCAGGGUAUUUACCUGAACAACCUGGACGCAACGGUCGACUGCAAAUUCUUCGCGUACACUGAAGAGAAUUGUUCGGGAACACCACUGGCUGUCACACCAAAGCAGUGCGCUGACCCAGGCGAUGCCAACUUCGUGAGCUUCCAAGUAGAUUGCAAUACCGAUUAG